GAUCCGCUAGGUCCCAGCCGCGCGCAGGGCGAGCCGGCGGCGCGCAGGGGACAGGCUCCCGGGGGCUGGGAGCGCUACGUUGAGACUCGGGCUGCGCCGCCGGGGCCACCCGCGCUGCGCUGUCAGCGGCGCCCUCGUCCCGCCCGGCCCGGGUGCUCGCAAGCCAUGCCCCCGGGGCGCUGCAGCGGGGACCCCGAGGCUUGCCUCCGCCCAUGGCCCCCCGCCCCGCCCUCGGGCGCCCCGGGCUCCCGCUGAGCACGCCUCCAGCACGCCCGGGUCCCUCCGGCGGGCGCGCCGUCCGGCCCCUGCGCUGUAGGUCCCCGCGGGGCGAUGGGUUGAUGGGCACAGGGGGACGCAGGAUGCCGGUGCCCCCCGCGCGCCUGCUGCUGCUGCCGCUGCUGCCGUGCCUUCUGCUCCUGGCUCCCGGAACUCGGGGUGCGCCCGGCUGCCCGGUCCCUAUCCGCGGUUGCAAGUGCUCUGGGGAGCGGCCCAAGGGACUAAGUGGCGGCGCCCACAACCCGGCUCGCCGGAGGGUGGUGUGCGGCGGAGGGGACCUCCCCGAGCCUCCAGACCCCGGGCUCCUGCCAAACGGCACCAUCACCCUGCUCUUGAGCAACAACAAGAUUACCGGGCUCCGCAAUGGCUCCUUCUUGGGACUGUCCCUUCUGGAGAAGUUGGACUUGAGAAACAAUGUCAUCAGCACUGUGCAGCCUGGAGCCUUCCUAGGUCUGGGAGAGCUGAAACGCUUAGAUCUCUCAAACAACCGGAUUGGCUGUCUCACCUCUGAGACAUUUCAAGGCCUCCCCAGACUUCUCAGACUAAACAUAUCUGGAAACAUCUUCUCCAGUCUGCAGCCAGGGGUCUUUGAUGAGCUGCCAGCCCUUAAGGUUGUGGACUUUGGUACUGAGUUUCUGACCUGUGACUGCCACCUGCGCUGGCUGCUGCCCUGGGCCCGGAAUCACUCCCUGCAACUGUCGGAGCGUACCCUCUGCGCCUACCCGAGUGCCCUGCACGCCCAGGCCCUGAGCAGCCUGCAGGAGCCCCAGCUCCGCUGUGAAGGGGCUCUGGAGCUGCACACGCAUUACCUCAUCCCAUCCCUACGUCAAGUGGUGUUCCAGGGUGACCGUCUGCCCUUCCAGUGCUCUGCCAGCUACUUGGGCAACGAUACUCGAAUCCACUGGUACCACAAUGGAGCCCCCAUGGAGAGUGAUGAGCAGGCUGGCAUCGUCCUUGCGGAAAACCUCAUCCAUGACUGCACCUUCAUCACCAGUGAGCUGACCCUGUCUCACAUCGGCGUGUGGGCCUCAGGUGAGUGGGAGUGCUCCGUGUCCACAGUCCAAGGCAACACCAGCAAGAAGGUGGAGAUAGUCGUGCUGGAAACAUCCGCCUCCUACUGCCCUGCGGAACGAGUGACCAACAACCGCGGGGACUUCAGGUGGCCCCGAACCUUGGCUGGCAUCACGGCUUACCAGUCCUGCUUACAGUAUCCCUUCACCUCUGUGCCCUUGAGUGGGGGAGCCCCGGGGACCCGAGCCUCACGACGGUGUGACCGAGCUGGCCGCUGGGAGCCAGGGGACUACUCCCACUGUUUGUACACCAAUGACAUCACUCGGGUGCUCUACACCUUUGUGCUGAUGCCCAUUAAUGCCUCCAAUGCAUUGACCCUGGCCCACCAGCUUCGAGUGUACACUGCUGAGGCUGCCAGCUUUUCAGACAUGAUGGACGUAGUCUAUGUGGCUCAGAUGAUCCAGAAGUUUUUGGGUUAUGUUGACCAGAUCAAAGAGCUGGUGGAGGUAAUGGUGGACAUGGCCAGCAACCUGAUGCUGGUGGACGAGCACCUUCUGUGGCUGGCCCAGCAAGAAGACAAAGCCUGCAGCGGCAUUGUGGGCGCCCUGGAGCGCAUUGGAGGAGCUGCCCUUAGCCCUCAUGCCCAGCACAUCUCUGUGAACUCAAGAAAUGUGGCGUUGGAGGCCUACCUCAUCAAGCCUCACAGCUAUGUGGGCCUGACCUGCACAGCCUUCCAGAGGAGGGAGGUAGGAGUGUCAGGCAUGCAGCCAGGUGGCCCUGGCCAGAAUGUCCCACUGGAGCCCGAACCCUUAGCUGAUCAGCAACUCCGCUUCCGCUGCACCACUGGGAGGCCCAACAUUUCUCUGUCAUCCUUCCACAUCAAGAAUAGCGUGGCCCUGGCCUCCAUCCAGCUGCCC